UCCAAGAGGGGUGCCCAUGCAGCCUGUGUGAACUUCACAUGUAUAUGGCAAGCGCAACGCUUCCGCUCCAUCAUUUACCGUUUGACCGCAACACAACACGUUUGUCAUGAAAUUCACACUUCAGGCGCGCACAUUCGCGGAUGACGAAGAUCCAGAAGAUCUACACGAGCCCAUGCGUCUUGUGCGGCUCAUUGGCGCUGGAAACUGAUCAUAGUGGAAGUGCAGUAUCUUCAGCCAACGGUGACAUUCACGACGCCGUGCGCGCAGACUGGCAGGCUGCUGUACCGGCACUAUGGAGGAGAAAAACAAGGACGAUAACGCCACGAAGGGACAGGAAUCGAUGUCCUAUCAACGGAGGUUGUGGAAGAAUUUUCAAGAAAAAACCAAACCGUUUAUGAGUCCCAAAUUGGUCUCUGAACGUCGCAAUCCCGACAGUAAAAAGGAGACGGGGUUAUGGAUGUUUAAAAGGAAAAAGAAACAGUUGGACCGUGUCUUUUCGUCCUCACAGCCCAAUCUCUGCUCCUCUACCCCGUCGACUUUCCCGGGCGACCUGUCACUCGGCGGUACAGCGGUCCCUGGGAACAGCGACAACGGGCAACCUAUGCAACAGCUGCUGGGUGCGGUUGGAGUGUCGGCAAGCAAGCCAGAGCUAACGGGACACGAGUGCCCGAAGCUCAUCGUCUCCCAUUUAAUCAUGUCCCACCAGAAGAGCUCCUCUCUCGGCUCUGCAUGCUUCGAGAAGCUGGUAGUCAAAUCUGCGGACGUUGGAGAGGAGGAACAGCUCCGCAAAAACGCCAGUGAUUCUGGCAUCAACAUUGUGGAGCCAAGUAAUGCUGAGACCGCCCUUGUUACCAACCCAGGGAUGUACCAGCUGGACAUCAUACUGAAGAAAGGACACAACCUCGCCAUCAGGGACAGAGGAGGGACAAGUGAUCCGUAUGUGAAGUUUAAGAUCGGUGGGAAGGAGGUGUUCAGGAGCAGGACCAUCAAUAAGAACCUGAACCCAGUGUGGGACGAGAAAGUCAGCCUCCUUGUGGACAGCCUCCGAGAACCUCUCUAUGUCAAGGUGUUUGACUAUGACUUUGGCCUUCAGGAUGACUUCAUGGGUUCGGCAUACCUCUACCUGGAGUCCCUGGAACACCAGAGGAACCUGGACGUGACCCUUGACCUUGAGGACCCCCAGUACCCCGACCAUGACCUGGGAACUCUAGACCUGGCAGUCACACUGUCGCCCAAAGAGGGAGACUUCAGGGAAGCUACCAUGCUUUUGAGAAGGAGCUGGAAACGAUCCAAUAAGCAGCUGCAUUCAAGUAUGCGGUUGUCAGAUGUCCACAGGAAAGCUCAGCUGUGGAGAGGUAUAGUGAGCAUCAGUCUGAUUGAGGCUCGCGACCUCCAGCCUAUGGACGCCAACGGCUUUAGUGACCCCUACGUCAAAUUCAGACUGGGCCAUCAGAAAUACAAGAGCAAGACGAUACCCAAGACUUUGAACCCCCAGUGGAGAGAGCAGUUUGACUUCCAUCUGUAUGAGGAGCAGGGGGGCUUCAUCGACAUCACCGUCUGGGACAAAGAUGCAGGCAAGAAGGAUGACUUCAUGGGCAGGUGUUCGGUUGACCUGUCGCCGCUGAGUAAAGAGCACACUCAUAAGUUGGACGUACCGCUGGAGGAGGGCGAGGGCAUGCUGGUGCUGCUGGUCACACUCACUGGGGCUGCAGCAGUGUCCAUCUCGGACCUGUCGGUCAAUAUUCUGGAUGACCCACAAGAGAGACACCAGAUACUACAGAGAUAUAGUGUGCUGAGGUCGUUCCACAACCUGAAAGAUGUGGGUAUGGUCCAGGUGAAGGUCAUCAGAGCAGAGAGGCUGAUGGCAGCAGACGUCACAGGCAAGAGUGACCCCUUCUGUGUGGUGGAGCUGAGUAAUGAUCGGCUACAGACACACACCGUCUACAAGAACCUCAACCCCGAGUGGAACAAGGUCUUCACCUUCAACGUGAAGGACAUCCACUCAGUGUUGGAGGUGACGGUGUACGACGAGGACCGAGACAGGAGUGCAGACUUCCUGGGGAAAGUGGCCAUCCCUUUACUAAACAUUCAAAAUGGUGAACGGAAAGCCUACGUCUUGAAAAGCAAGGAGCUGACAGGGCCAACAAAAGGGGUCAUCUUUCUCGAAAUAGACGUGAUUUUUAAUGCUGUGAAGGCCGGUCUCAGGACGUUAAUACCCAUCGAGCAGAAAUACAUUGAGGAUGAACCCAGAGUGUCCAAACAGUUGCUGCUGCAGAACUUCAACAGAGUGAGGCGCUGCAUCCUGUUCCUCAUCAACGCCGGCUGCUACAUCAACAGCUGCUUCGAAUGGCACUCGCCUCAGAGGAGCAUCUGCGCCUUCCUGCUCUUUGUUCUCGUGGUGUGGAACUUUGAACUCUACAUGAUUCCUCUGGCUCUGCUGCUGCCGCUGGCCUGGAACUAUAUCCUUGUCGCUUCGGGGAAGGACACCAGGCAAGACGUGCAAGCGAUGGAGGACUUGCUGGAGGACGAGGAUGAGGACUAUGAGAAAGAUGACAAGGUGCCUAGGCCCGGCCAUUCGGAUGACGGCCGACUGCCUGAAAGCCAUAUCCUUGUGGAUAUGUUGGCUUCCUGGCACUUUGAGUGGAUACGGGUGAUGGUGGACCCGGAGAGAAAGGGCUUCAUCAACAAGCUGUAUGCCAUCCAGGAUGUGUGCAUCAGUGUGCAGAAUGCGUUGGAUGAAGUAGCCUCCUACGGCGAGAGGAUAAAGAACACAUUUAACUGGACAGUGCCUUUCCUAAGCUGGCUGGCCAUCGUUGCACUGUGUGUGGCCACUGUGCUCAUCUACUAUAUCCCCCUACGCUACAUUGUCCUGGCCUGGGGGGUGAAUAAAUUCACCAAGAAGCUCCGUGACCCGUACAACAUUGACAACAACGAGCUCCUGGACUUCCUGUCCAGAGUCCCCUCAGAUAUACAAGUGGUGCAGUACCGAGAGCUGAAACUGGAUCUCAGUCAUAGUCCAAAUAAAAGAAAGAAAAACAACCCGGGGUAGCUGGCUUUGUCCGCCCACGGAAUCUUCCCUCCCUCAACGGCCCGACACCGAGGAGCAGAGGAAGGCUGGUCUGGACCUCCUCAACUCUCUCUCUCUCAUUUUUUCAUAUUUUCCUCUUUCUCCCUCUUCUACUGACUUUAUAUAUACAUGUACAGGCUUCCGAAGUGUAAUUAUCAAUGUAGAAAGAGACAGCAAGAGAAAAAUCGUAAAUUCUGAGUUUAGAGAUGAGCCUGGAUGAAAGUGGACCGGACCAUUCCAGACCCAGGUGUUUACAGCAUUGUACCAGUCUGACAGAUGUACAAGUCAUGCUCGACUGUGUGACAGUUAUGAGAUCAGCCGAAGAGGUUUCAGGCAUUUUUUACACAAUUCCCCAGUAAGGAACAUAUCAUUUAGCCCUAUCAUAGUCAGAAAGCCGCCAACCAGGUAGAAUGGAUGGUCUACUUUUCCAAAUCUGAACUCCCAAAUGAGCUUAUUUAUUCAUUAUUUUACAAAAUGUUGUAAAUAUUUUUUGUUGUAUUUACAUUUUGGAUUAAAUUAUUAUAUUUUUUUGGGGGGGGGGUGUAUUUUAAGAGGUCAAAUGUUAAUUGUCUUUUCAGCUUUUAGGCCUAAAUACAUAUCACCCUGUUCCAGUGGUCCUUGACUAUCCAAAUGAAUGAUAACUUCAAAAACCUCAAAAAUCCUCUUUUAAAUGGAACCCGAGGACUGCUGCAGUCCUGCCGAUAUGCCAUUCUUCCGGUCUUCACGACCAUCAAUAGCGCAGAUCAGUGUUUUUCUACUCAGAAACAGGGUGUCGUUUCCCCCCAGAAGAGGCAGGCAAGUGUAGAUCUCUGCUGUGCCACUGAGCUAAUAUAGAUGUCACCCUGUGCAGACAGAAUCGCCAGGCAGGCCUUAGGCAGCCCAAGCGGUAAUCUUAUUUGAAAGGCUGGUCUCCUCUCCUCUCAUCUCCACAUGUUGCCUCAGUGGGCACACACACACUCUCCAACACUGUGCCACAGGCUGGCCACCAUCUCCAUCUGCCCCACCUCCUGCUCAACUAUGAUCUCUCUUUCAAGGGACGAGUUUGUGUAUAUGUGUGUGCAUGUGUCCCACUGGGCAAAAACAGUUUGAAUCAACGUUGCCUUCACAUCAGUUCAGCCCAAACAAUGCUACGCGAUGACGCUGAAUCAACGUUGCCUCCACGUCAGUUCAGCCCAAACAAUGCUACGCGAUGACGCUGAAUCAACGUUGCCUCCACGUCAGUUCAGCCCAAACAAUGCUACGCGAUGACGCUGAAACAACGUUGCCUCCACGUCAGUUCAGCCCAAACAAUGCUACGCGAUGACGCUGAAACAACGUUGCCUCCACGUCAGUUCAGCCCAAACAAUGCUACGCGAUGACGCUGAAACAACGUUGCCUCCACGUCAGUUCAGCCCAAACAAUGCUACGCGAUGACGCUGAAACAACGUUGCCUCCACGUCAGUUCAGCCCAAACAAUGCUACGCGAUGACGCUGAAUCAACGUUGCCUCCACGUCAGUUCAGUCCAAAAGGUUAGUUGACAAUUGAACCAAAGGUAAAUCAAAGGUAGACGUUGAACUGACGUCUCCGCCCAGUGGGGUGUUUAUGCAAAGCAAACUGCACGUGUGUGUGUGUGUGUGUGUGUGUGUGUGUGUGUGUGUGUGUGUGUGUGUGUGUGUGUGUGUGUGUGUGUGUGUGUGUGUGUGUGUGUGUGUGUGUGUGUGUGUGUGUGUGUGUGUGUGUGUGUAUGCUGGGAGUGUAUGCUACAUGUGUGCACAUGUAAAUGUGCAUGGGUGCAUGUUUCUGGAGUUGUCUUGUCUGUUCUGGCUCUGGAGAGUGAUGUGGAUGGGACUGUGAACUUGUAGGGCCAGAUGCUGCGUUUUGUUGGUGGAGAGGUCGACUGUUAGACGAGCAGCCAGUUAGCCGCUGUGUGACAAGACACGACGACGGGUGGCCAGAGACCGCAGGGCUUUGCGUGUGUAUGCGCGCGCACCCUCUUUCCAAAGCCCUCCCAUUAUCCCUCUCACUCUCCCUCUCUCCCUCGUCAGCGGUUAGGAUCGUGGCCCUGUCUGAAGGGAACGUCUCCUGGGUGUCUCCCGAAAGCAUCUGUUGAAAGAUCACAGCGUAGGCUACAUCUGAAGGGGCCUUCAUCUCCUCCACAUACCCCUCUCCCUCCCUCCCUCCCUCCCUCCGUCCUUUACACUUCAACAAGUGUAGAUCUGCCACUUUGGAAGGCCAUUGGUUUGGUUUGUUUCGAGAGAUGCACUUGAAAUACAAUAACAUGCUGCGUGGAAUGUAGGACCUACACGGGUUAUAUCAUCCUCUCUAAAAUGCAGACUCGUGUCUAUUUGUAUUGCCCAAAGGGGACAGUUUGAAAACCUGAAUAUGUAUGUGUGAACUACUGUACGUGGUAUUAUUUACAGUAACUGUGGUGGGUAUAUUGUGUGUGGUCUUAUAUCCAAAUAUUCUAAGUUUUAUAACAUUGUUUUGGCUAUGUAUGCAAGCAAACCAAAGUGAUUUAUUUGACGCGACUGAAAAAAAAUGCUAAACAGAAUCUAUCAUCUGACAGGCAUAAAGGAAAAUGGCACUUUUAUUUGCACCCUCUUUUUUUUUACUUACUUCUUUUGGAAUGAUGUACAUAAUAUGCUUGUAAAUGGUCUAAUGUCGGUUGAUGAUCUUGUAUCGGUGUAUGCUCGUCAUUGCUCUCCGAGGUAUUUUCGUCCACAGUGUUGCCUGUGACAUCAUCUUCACUCUCCUAGUCCUGGCCAAUGGUUGAAAGUUAUGAGAAAAUAAUGUGCAUCUAAUACGACCAAUAAAUUCACCAGAUGUAUGUCGAUUAUUUUGGAAAAACUUGUAAAAGAUUAAAUAUUUUGUAUCAUC